GUUGUUUGGAAAGAGCAGGCUGGCGGGAUGUACUACAUCCUCUUGCUGAAGAGUCAGUGGUGAUGCUUUGCUGCUGGUUUUGAAUGCUGUUCCGCAAAGCAGAAGUGUUGCGGAUGUGGGCAGCAGCAGUGCGCAGCGGCCUGUGUGCUGCAGCAGCGCGGCCCGAGCAGCCAUGAACCCGGAGGAGCAGACUGUAACCUGGCUCAUCUCCCUGGGAGUUCUCAAUUCCCCUAAAAAGAACAUCGCCGAUCCCGAGGGAUUUCUCAAAGCAUCACUUAAAGAUGGGGUCGUCUUGUGCAAGCUUAUGGAGCGACUGGUACCGGGGUCUAUUACAAAGUAUUGCCCAGAUCCCAAAUGUGAAGCUGACUGCAUUGGCAACAUUCGGGAGUUUUUGAAAGGAUGCGUCUCUUUGAAGGUUGAGGGUUUUGAACCAGAGAGCUUAUAUACUGGGGAGAAUUUUAGCAAGGUUCUGUCCACACUGCUGGCAAUAAACAUCGCCACUCAAGAUCGUGGUACUGAGAGGCCAUGUCCACAGUCCAGCUCCUCUGCUCCUAAUUUGUCAACCUCGUCAUCAUCCAUCUCAAAGUCCAAAUCCUUGCGGAGACAAUCAAAAGCAGUGGAGAUGUCAGAAAAUGGAGCAGGUGGCCAGCUGGUGGUGAAGGCGCGCUUUAACUUCAAGCAGAACAACGAGGACGAGCUGUCAUUCAGCAAAGGCGAGCUGAUCCAUGUCACCCGGCAAGAGGAGGGCGGAUGGUGGGAGGGGACACUCAAUGGCAAGACUGGCUGGUUCCCCAGCAACUAUGUCCGAGAGGUCAAACCAUGUGAGAAACCAAUCUCCCCGAAAGCAGUGAAGGGGUUUGAUGUUCCACAGCUGACCAAAAACUACUACAGUGUGGUGGUGCAAGACAUCCUGGAGCACGAGCGGGAGUUUGUAAAAGAGCUCCAGACGGUUCUUACCUGCUACCUGCGACCUCUACAGGGCAGUGACAAGGUUUCAAGUGCAGAGAGCAGCAGUUUAUGUGGGAACUUGGAGGAGGUACUCACUUUCCAACAGGGACUCUGUGCCGCUUUGGAGGAAUGUAGCAAGAUGCCUGAAGGCCAGCAGCGCCUCGGCGGCUGUUACAUGAACAUGAUGUGCCAGAUCCGAAUGUUGUACCUGUCUUACUGCUCCAGCCACCCUUCUGCAGUGGCCGUACUCACUGACCACAGUGAGGAGCUGGAUAAGUUCAUGGAGAGUCAGGGAGCCAGUGCUCCAGGCAUCUUGACUCUGACCACCAGCUUGAGCAAGCCCUUCAUGAGGCUGGAGAAAUAUCCCACCCUGCUGCAAGAGCUGGAAAGACAUGUAGAGGAAGCCCAUCCAGACUACAGUGACAUUCUGAAAGCAAACAUUGCUUUUAAAAAUCUUGUGAUGCAGUGCCAGGAACUGCGCAAGCGAAAGGACCUGGAGGUGCAGAUACUGUCCGAGCCAGUGCGUGGCUGGGAGGGAGACAGCAUCAAGUCUCUCGGCCAAGUGGCCUACAUGUCCCAGGUGCACGUGCAGAGCAGCUCCAGUGAGGACAAAGAGGAGCGCUACUUCAUGCUGUUUCCUAAUGUGCUAAUUAUGUUGUCUGCCAGCCCACGAAUGAGUGGUUUCAUCUAUCAGGGAAGGCUGCAGCUUUCGGGAACCACAGUGACCAAACAUUUAGACGAUUCAGAGAGCGGUCAUUAUGCGUUUGAGAUUGGAGGCGGUAUGAUCGAGCGCAUGACAGUUUUCUGCAGUAGUUCCCAGGAGCUGCAGGAAUGGCUAGAGCACUUGCAUGCCUUUACCAAAGGUGGAAGUCCAGUAGGAACCAUCCUGAAGAAUGUAGAAGGCAAGGCCAUGGGUACACCGUCCCAUUCAAGCCACAUGCAGGGCUUUGGCACAUCCACGGGCAACCGUUGCCCUCUGGAGCCGCCUAAGAUCACCAAGCCAUGGUCUCUGAGCUGCCUGAGACCUGCUCCCCCACUUAAACCCUCUGCUGCCCUGGGCUACAAAGAGAGGAUGUCUUAUAUCAUGAAGGAUUCCAGCAAAAGCCCUAAACCCAUCAAGAAGUUCCUGAACAAGAGAAAGACAGAGAGAAAACCAUCAGAUGAUGAAUAUUUGCUCAGAAAAAGUACUGCAGCUUUGGAAGAAGAUGCCCAAAUUCUGAAGGUGAUUGAAGCCUACUGUACUGGAGCCAGCCUGCACCAAACCACAACAGCUGUGCGUAAGGACGGUGUCCCUCCAGUCCUGCUACCAGAAGAGGAGAAGAUAAUUGUCGAAGAGAUGAAGAGCAACGGCCAAACAAUCACUGAGGAGAAAAGCCUUGUAGAUGCUGUUUACGCAUUAAAAGACGAGGUCCAUGAGUUAAAGAAGGAGAACAGGUGGAUGAAACAGUGUCUGGAAGAGGAGCAGAAAUCCCGCAAAGAGCUUGAGCGUUUGGUCAGGAAGCUGGCUAAACAGAAGAACGAUUAUACGUGGGAAGACGGAGGCCACUAAAUAACAUUCUAAAUGUUCUCACCUUCCGCAUAUGUGAGUGUGUGUGUGUGUGUGUGUGUGUGUGUAUGAGAGAGAGUGGGUGGAUGAGUUGCUGGUUUGGGUUCACACCAAAUGUUGCAUUGAGAAAGCCUUCCUGCCUUGUAAACUUUUUUAAGAAUAACUUUCUUUGUGAAUUUCUUGCUCUGAGAUCACUUGUGCUUGACUGAUGUCUGUACUGGGUUUCAGAAGAGGUUCAUGCAGUGUGUGUUGAGUUCCUGUGAACAGGGUAAAAAAAAAAACGUGUUAGACACUCAUGCAGCAGAAGUACAGCAAAGUCGUCAAAGUCUGCACCUGUGAUUUUGGCCAUCUGGCUCACUGUAUCACACUUUUAUGUACCUGACCACACUCUAACAUUAAGCGGUAGAGCUAUAUAACUGAUGCAGUUUAAUAUUAAUAUCAUCAUGCAGUGUAACUGUACAGCAGAUGCUCAAACGUAGCCAUUAUUUCCAUGCAUUUGGAAAAAGGAAAAGAUUCAGUGUUCAGACUGGGGUGGAAAUGUGUGGAAAAUAAGAUUUAAUCUUCAACCAGGGAAAAAAAAACAAAACAUGGGUGUGUGUUUGUGUGUUUGUCUGUGUGUGCUCGUGUGUCUGUCUGUGUGUGCUCUGCUGAUGAAGCCACAAUUCAACAAGCAUGAAAGUAAGCUCGAAGGCCAUAUGUCUUUAUUUGUGAAACUACCUUUACGGUACACUGGCAGACAGUUUUAAUAGUGGACUUCUUCGUGCGUCUUUAUUGCUAAUUCUGUAUGUUCAUCUGAUUGAUAAAGGAAGCAUUCAUGAACUAUAGAAUAUAUUGCACAUGAAUGACAUGAGAUGCUCCAAUAGUCAUCUUGAAAUGAUUUGACUGUUUGCUUGUUCUUUUUUUUUUAUUUUUUAUUAUUUUUUUUUUUAGCUUUUUUGAAUAGUUUGCAAGGUAGCUGGUGUGUUAAUACUGGCCAUCAAAAAUAUUCCCUUAAACUGUCUGUUACAAUCUACGAUAUACUGUACAGUAUUUCUAUACCAUUCUUUACACAAGCUAAUCUUGUUUUUGUUUCUGUUAUUGUCAUGCUUGUUCAAAGCUGUUCAUAGCAAAAGAUGCAGCUAUUCAUAGAAAUACAAUAAGAUUUCAAUACUAUUAAGGUAUAAUUUAUAAUGUAUGUAUAUCAUAUAUACUAUAAAACAGUAUAUAAUAGCUAGUAUAGCCAAAAAUAACCACGUAAGCUUUCAUAUUUAGAAAUAAUACAACAAUUGAUUAUUACCUCCAUAUUCUGAGAUUGUAAAAAAAUAUAUAUUUAUUUUUGACUGCGAUAGUCCUUUAUUGAGAACAUGGUACUUGGGUCUCUCUAAGCACUCCUCCUAUAACCUUACACCUCAUUUAACAAUCUGGUCUUACGCAAAGUUUGUAGAAAUGUUUAUUAGUGAGGAUGAUUUCAUUGUUUUCCGUAUGAAAUAACUUUUAAGAAAAGCUGUUACUGUUAACACCCCCCCCCCCCCCCCCCCCCCCAACACCUCCCUGGCCCUAACCUUAAUUUUUUUUUUUUUAAUAUAUACAAGUCAGCUUUUGUGAAUUCUUGCCACGUUGCAGUCAUUAGGCUAUGCUGCAUUUGCAGAGAAAUAAGCAGUACAUUUACAGCUGCUACAGCAGUAAUAAAUUUAUUAAGCCCUCAUUAUUAAAGGCUGUUGCACUGCAGGAUUAUUAUAUUAAUGCACCAUGAAUGUGAAUUUGUAAAUGAAUAACCAAAUUUAGGUGUAAAGGCGUAAGAAAAAUGAACCGUUUAUAGCUGUGUGAUCUGUUAGUAGUAAUUUUUGUAAGAUGUUCAAAUCCUAAACUGGUACCCUUAUAUGUUGGAUACAUAUUGUAUGCUCUGCUGCAAUGCCUGAUCUUUCUUUUAAAGUAAUCAGGCAUAUAAAUAAUGAAAUUGCAAUGUACAGUGCUUAGAACACAAACAGAUGGGUGACAGUUUAAAGGAAAAAAACAGCAGCGUAUUCAUAAGGUGUUGGUUCUUCACGAGCCACCAGAACAGCUUCAGUGCCCAAUGGUACAGACUUAAUAUGUUUCUGGAACUGUACUGGAAUGAUGAACACCAUUCUUCCAAAAAAUAUUCCCUCAGUUGGUGUUUUGAUGACGGUGGUGGAGAGUGCUGUGUAACACUUCAUUCCAAACAAGGUCUUCAGUUGAGAUCUGGAAGGCUGUAGCAUGUAAAUCAUUUACAUCAUUUUGAUCCUCAUCAAACCAUUUCGUGAGCCUUCGUGCCUUGUGGAUGGGGGCAUUAAUACCCUAGAAGAGAGCACUCCCAUCAGGAUAGAAAUAUUUCAUCAUAGCAUAAAAGUGAUUAGUCAGAAUAACUGUGAAUUCAUUUGCAGUGACACUUCUCUCUGAUGAGACACAAUGACCAAACCAUGUCAGGAAACCACCGUCCCUUACAUAACAGCCACAGUUUUUCCUUUAAUUUGUCAUUCGUCUAUGCCAUUACCUUGAAACUGUCUGAUAAAAAACUGUACACUGUGGGCAAUAUUAUUAUAAAUAGGUGUAUAUUUAAGCAUAAUGAGUGGUGGAAUGGUACAUUUGAAUGCUAAAAAGCCAUAAAACAGGAAGUGAUGUGUUUGCGCAGUCCUGCAAAAAAAAAAAAAAGAAAAAACCAACUAGUAUUCAAUGCAAUAAGACUGAAGACUGGUUUACUGUUAACUGUUGUGCAUUGAGGAGCCUCAAUUUGCACUGAGGUGUGUUCUCCAACUGGUCGACAGGAUUUACUCCUACAACCUAUAUGAUCCUUUUUCUACAGUGCUGUGAUCAGAUUUUUUUUUUUUUUUUUUUUUUUUGAGAGUUACUGGUACUUCUCAGUAAUUUGUCUAAGCUGUGCUUGUCAUUAUGUGUGUGUUUUGCAUAGCUGUAAGUAUUAUUUAAAAUUUCCAUAGUUGCUAUCAAUAUUAUUCACAUUGAUACACAAUGUGUUUAGUUCCACCAGAAGUCACUUUCAUGGCAUCCUUUGUACAAUUUGAAAACCAGUCCAGCUGUUGUGAUUUAUGUUAUUGCUGAUGUGCAUAUUAUUCGUAAUUGAUGUGCUGCUUCAUAAUUUGAAGGAUUGAUUGUGCUGAGUGGCGUUCUGUUUGUUUCCAUAUUCAUGGUACUAUAUUAGCACAUGAUAUUUGUUAAACAUAAUAUUGUAUGCUGUCACUGAUGUCAUGAUUGUGGCUGGGAUUGGAUAAAACUGCCUGAUAUCUGUAGCACUUGCAGGAGAUUUUUCUUGGAUCUUGAUCUAGUCAAUUAUUUUUCUUUAAGUGCCCAAGUCUGCAGACCAUGUGGAUUUCUAUGCAAAUAACAUUGUUACAUAUAUAUUCUUUCUUCUUUUUUGUUUUUGCUUCUGUUCCUUUUGUUUCCAUUUGCCUUCAUUUUUAAAGGAACUGUUUUAAUAAAAACAUAAGAUAAAUAA